AUGGCAAUUCUCCUUAGCUUAGAAAUGGGCGAUACCUCUACCAUUAUCUUCAUCAUUCCUGUCUUGUCUCUUUUGGUCCAUUCAUAUCUCGUUUCUUUUUGCUCUCGAUUUUCGCCAACUUUUUUUUUAUGCACCAUUUUCUUUUGUCCUAUUUUUUUUCUACUUACCAUUUCUUCUUCUUCUUCUUCUUCUUCUUCUUCUUCUUCUUCUUCUUCUUCCUUUUCACUUCUCCUUUAUUUCUUUAUUUUCUUCUUUUUCGCGCCUUCUUCGUCGUUUUCUUCAUUUCGCUUUCAUCUUCUCUCUGUUUAUUGUCUUCCUCUUUCUGAUUCUUUCUCCACAGCAUAUCUUCUUCGUCAACUCGUUUUAUCAUUCUCCAUUAUUUCCACUCCCACCCCAAUCUCUCUCUCUCUCUCUCUCUCUCUCUCUCUCUCUCUCUCUCUCUCUCUCUCUCUCUCUGGGCCAUGUCCUUGCAUGCAUUUUUGUGGAUCACUCUUCUUUACUACUUCUUUUUCUUCUUGCCCACAUUUUGCUUCUUCUUCUUCUUCUUCUUCUUCAUUCUGCAUUUCUUCUUCUGCUCCAUAUAUUUCAUUUUUCUUCCUCUUCUUCUUUCUCUUCUUCUUCCUCUUCUUCGACUUCUUCUUCUUCUUCAUUCUCUUAUUAUUCUUCUUUUUCUCUUUUGAUUUUCUCCUCUCUCUCUCUCUCUCUCUCUCUCUCUCUCUCUCUCUCUCUCUCUCUCUCUCUCUCUAUGUCCCUAUCUCAUUCCCUCUCACUCUAUAUCAUUUUCUGUUUACCUCUCUCUCUCUCCCCCUCUGGUUUCCCCUUUUCUCUUUCACCCACCUCCCCUUAUUCUAUCACUUCUCUCUGUCCGUUUGUCUGUCUCCCUCACUCUCUCUCUAUCUCUCUCUCUCUCUCUUUCUGGCUUCCCGUUUUCUAUUUCUCCCACUUCCCCUUAUUCUAUCACUUCUCUCUUUCUCUCUCUCUCUCACUCUCUUUCACUCUCUCUCCCCAUCUCUCUCUUUGGCUUCCCCUUUUCUCUUCUACUUUCCCUUAUUCUAUCACUUCUGUCUGUUUGUCCGUCUGUCUCUCUAUCUCUUUCUCACUCUCUCUCUCUCUCUCUGGCUUUCCCUGUUUUUCUUUCUCCCAAUUCCCCUUAGCCAAUCAUGUCUGUCUGUCUGUCUCUCUCCCUCUCUCUCUCAUUCUCUCUUGAUCUCUCUCUCUCUCUCUCUCUCUCCUUCUGGUUUCCCCUUUUCUCUUUCUCACACUUCCCCUUAUUCUAUCACUUCUCUCUCUCUCUCUCUCUCUCUCUUUCACUCUCUCUCGCUUUCUCUCUUUGGCUUCCUCUUUUCUCUUUCUUCCACUUUCCCUUAUUUUAUCACGUCUGUCUUUCUGUCUGUCUCUCUCUCUCUUUCUCUCUCUCUCCCGCCUGUCUUUUUGUGUUUCUUUUCAUCGUUCUUUCUCUGUUUCCAAUUUCUUCUUCACUUCUCUCUCUGUCUUUCUCUCUCACAGUCUCUCUCUCUCUUUCUCUCUCCUAGUAUCUCUCUCUCUCUCUCCUUCUCGCUAUCUAUCACCUAUUUCUCCCACUCUUUUUUCUUCUCCCUCCGUAUCUCUCUCUCUCUCUCUCUCUCUCUCUCUCUCUUUUAUCUAACAUUCUUCUUUUUGUCUUCUUUCAUCUCUCUUUUAUCUCUCUUUACUUUUCUCACCCUUUUUACCUUUAUAUUUUUCUUCCAUCUCUCUUCCCCUAUUUUUAUCCCCUUUUAUCUUCCUACCUCUUUUGGAUCUUCUUCUUUUCUAUUUUCGUCUCCCUUCUUUUUACUUUACUUUCUUUCUUUCUUUCUUUCUUUUCUUUUUUCUUUCUUCUUUCUUCUUUUUCCUUUCUUUUUUCUUUCUUUCUUUUUCUUUAUUCUUUUUUCUUUCUUUCUUUCUUUCUUUCUUUCUAACUCCGUCUAUUUUUUUGGCACUCCCGCCUUGCUUGGAGUGAAAUGCUUUAAAAAAAUAUCUUUCCUGCCUUUUUUUCUUCUUAACUUUCUCCUUUUUUCCAUUCCUUUUUCUUUCUCUCUUUCUCUUACAUUCUAUCUUUGCAUCUUUCUUUUCUCCUGGUUUUUCUCUUCUCGUCUUCCAUAUCUGGUAUUCGUUUUUCAAAACGCUUCUUCCCAGCUGGUGUUCCUGUCUUACAGUCUACAAUGCUAUCUACAUUCCGCCUGUAUUGUCUUGAGGCGGGAAAGCUGUCGGCCAUAUUGCGUCAUUAUCAAGAGUACCAUAUCGGUCGGCAUGUCUGUACAAAUGCUUCGCUUCUUUCCCACGCUGAUUUAUGACACUGCCAAGGUUCUAACGGGUGCACAACAAUUAUAUAACUUGAAAUGGCAUCGUUAUCACGUGACAUCUACAUUUUUGACUGCUUUUCAUCCAACACCAACAAAAUAUGACAAGAGUCACACUGCAGAAAAUGGCACAAGAAACUUGCUUGUCUGUCUCAAUAUUCUUCAUUCGAUUUCUUCUUCUU